AUGUUCUUUUUUUUUAAAAGUGUUUCUUUUCAAGUUUCCUCUCUAAGCAGCGCAACCAAAAUACAAAACAGGAGAGAGCGUGAUCUUGUCCAGAAUCCCUUUGGAUCUCAGCAGCACACGUGCAGCUGUUCCAGAAAGAAGCUGGAGUGUUUCCUCUGCAGCUGUGCCCCGAAAAUAACCUCCAAAAUGCAACUUUUCAAUGAGAGCUACACAACAUCUUUACAUUUCAUGCAAACAACUCAGAGAAAUCUCCUUUUUCUUGUGCACAAGAAUAGGCGAAUUCAUGCAAAUUCACGCAGGACCAAAGCUGUAUUAAUGCGUCAAACAGGGUUGAUUCUGGACAGCGUCACCUCCCUCCUGUUCCUGUGUCUGUGA